AAGUGUUUGAGUUUCCACUUCCUGCUGUACAGUGGAAAACAUGUCUACGCUCAAGAGAAAACGUGGAGGAAAACACGCUGUCGUGAAAAACGCAAAGAAAGUAAAAUUCGCCGAUGGAAGUGACAAGACUCCGAUCGACACAGAGUUGGAGAUCAAGAAUGAAGUCACAGUUCCCGCUCCGGUUUCAAUGGGGAAAUGGGUCAACAAGGAAAGAGUUCUUAUUUUUUCCUCAAGAGGCAUUGACUUCAGAACGAGACACUUGAUGCAGGACCUCAGGACCAUGAUGCCCCAUGCUAAAUCAGAUACAAAAAUGGACCGAAAAGACAAGCUGUUUGUUAUCAACGAGGUGUGUGAGAUAAAGAACUGCAACAAAUGCAUCUUUUUCGAAGCCAAGAAGAAGCAGGACUUGUACAUGUGGAUUUCAAACAGUCCUCGGGGACCCUCAGCAAAAUUCCUGGUUCAAAACAUUCACACACUGGCAGAGCUCAAGAUGACAGGGAACUGCCUGAAGGGAUCCAGACCACUGUUGUCAUUUGACCCGAAAUUUGAUGCAGAGCCCCACUACGCCUUACUGAAGGAACUCUUCAUCCAGACUUUUUCAACACCACGUUAUCACCCAAAGAGUCAGCCAUUUGUCGACCAUGUCUUCACAUUCACAAUAGCAGACGAUAGGAUAUGGUUCAGAAAUUACCAGAUCAUUGAAGAGGACGCCUCACUUGUAGAGAUUGGCCCUCGCUUUGUUCUCAACCUCAUUAAGAUCUUUCAGGGGAGCUUUGGAGGCUCCACUUUGUUUGAAAACGCAAACUUCAAGUCGCCUAAUAUGCACCGUCGAGAGAUUCGACUUGCAGCUGCAGCUAGAGUGCGUGAGAAGCAGAUGGUGAAGGAGCUGCUGAAAACCAAGAGAAGUGAACCAAGAUCACUUAUAUCCUCCGACGUUACAGCUGAUGUCUUUGCCACACCAGUGGAAAAAAACCCAGUUCAGAUCGAGGCAGAACCUCCUGCGCCAAAAGAGCCGAAACGCAACAAACACAAAGCUUUCAAAAGACAGCGGAAGCAGAUGGCACGUCGGUAACUCGGUGGACUGAUUGAUGAAAGAAUGGUUUGUGUAGUUAGUGUUAAAAUCAUUUCUAUGAUGUUCAGUACAAAGUUCCAUCCCAGACGACUAUCAGUUGUCUGCAGUACAUAUUUUGUAUCAGAAAUAAAAGAUCAGUUUGGUC